AUGCAUAUUAUAACUGCCUUCAUCUUCUCGUAUGCGUUGAUCACCGUUGAUGCUUCGCUGUACGACUUCACAACGGUCGGAAAAUGUAUACUGGGCUACAAUCCUUGGUUUGACCUCCUUCGUCAUGGAUGCUAUUGCGGAUUCGGAAAUCACGGAGAUGUAGCUCCAGAGGAUGACUACGAUGCAUGCUGCAGGCAGCACGAUUUUUGCUAUGGAAAUUUGACAGAAAAGACAGAGAAGAAGCCCAAACAGUGUCCCAAUCUUCUAACAGAGUACUUGCUUCCGUAUUGGUUUCAUUGUGAAGACCAUCGUGCGUACUGUUAUGUUGAUCCUCCAUAUAGUUGGAUUCCCUGGUGGCGCUCCUGUGGAGUAGGCCUGUGCAAUUGUGAUAGCGAAAUGAUGGAGUGUUGGAAAAGGGUUCGAGAUAAUUCGAGCGACCCGAGGAAAAGACCGGAUAAGAGAUACUGUAACAUAUCCAAGAGUGAAUUGCCCCAUCCUCAAGAUCCUGGAUGGAUGGAUUACUUCGAAAAUGUUGUCAUGUUCUAUGAGGACCUGAACAGGCACAGGCAUGAGGAUGCAGAGAAGGCGAAAAAGAAAAUAAAAUUGGAAAAGGAAAGAUCGAUGUUGGUAAGAGAAUGGGCGCAAGGACACACGAGAUAUCCAAUAAGACAUCGUGGAUCAGACGAAAACCAUGUACUUCCCCAGUUUCCCCAAUCACCAUAUUCGUUGCCGAACCAACACCCGAAUGAAAUAUCAGGAGCGUCGGCGGAGCGUUUGCCUUGGAAUAAACGAGAUUGGCAUCAUCCGGAUUGGACUUCGCCAGAAUUUGUUGAUAAUAAUGUAUAA